AUGAAGUCCACUUACGCUCUUUUGGUUACUGGCCUCGCUGCCCAGCAGGCCGCGGCACACUGGAACUUUUUCGACAACUACGGCACACCCAAUUACAGCAAGAACGUGUGCGACGACAAGCAGAAGGGUGGUUUCAACUGGGCUGAUCUCACGGAUGGCCAGUCUGUCGGCAACUACGGAGAUUUCGACUUCUCUGGAGGAUGGAAGUGCUCCAACUCCUUCGGCAAGAGGGACACGUUGAGCAAGCGGACCUUCGGAAACAAGUGCAUCAAGAACACCGUUCGCAAAGACAAGCCUGCUUCUUUCGGCUGUGCUCAGCGUGGCUUCUCCAUUACGCACAUGGACGUUUCAUCCGAGUUCGACGCUGAGAUCGAACUUCAUUAUAAGAUGGAGGACGGAUCUCUCUGCAAGCAACAUACCAGCUGCUCGGCCGGUGGAUCGACGUUGCAGAACACUCAGUGUGGUGGCGCCAAGUCCGUCGAGGUCUACCUUGGCUCUCACUACAAGGGCGAGAAGGAGUCUUGCGAGAUCGGUUUCCACAACAUCGGCUUUGAUUGUAACGCCGAGACACCAUACACUCCUCCCUCGCCACCUGAGGUUCCCUCUACCUCAAGCGAAGUUGUAUCCUCCACUAUUGUUAUCGAGUCAUCCACUGCUCCAGCCUCCAGCGCUGUUUCUUCCGCUGUUGAGACACCUGUUUCCUCUGCUGUCGAAACUCCUAUCAUCUCGUCUGCUGUUGAGACUCCUGCGUCGUCUUCUGCCGUUGAGACACCCGCCACCUCUGCCAACGAAUGCGGUCAGUAUGGCGAGGGAUGCAACACACCUGUUGAGACCCCUCUCUCUUCCACUGCUCCUUUCACCAACAGCUCUAUGCCCGCCUACACUCCUCCAGCUUCUUCAGCUGUGGAGAUCGAGUCUUCCUCCGUCGUCGAGGCCUCUAGCACUCCCGCAUCGAUUCCCUCCAUCAGCACUGCUACUCCCCAACCGGAAUCUUCCACUGUUGAGGUGCCAUCCACGUCUCAGAGCUCCACCGUUGCUGGUUGCGGCUACGGAGAGUCUUGCGAGCAGUCUUCCACUGUCGCAUCCUCAACCGCUGCAUCCUCCGCCAUUGUUUCAUCCGCUGUCUCUAACUCUGGAACUCCCCUUCCUGCUACCAGCUCCGCCGCUCCUCAGCCUUCCAGUCCUAGCUAUCCUCCUGUCGACAUCACUGACUCGGUUCCCAAGUGCAUGAACUCGUGGCUCCAGAUCUCGGCCCCAGACUGCAAGGACAACACCGAUUCCAGCUGCUACUGUGUCAAGCCUGAGUUCACUAAGAAUGUCAUUGACUGUAUCUCAGCUCGCUGCGGUAGCGACGAUGAAACCAGCAAGGCUCUGCAAUACUUCAUCGGUAUCUGCGCUGAACACGUUCCCAAGAACCCCAGCAUCGUCGGAGACUGCCCUUCGUACAUCCCCUUGAACCCUACUCCUGCUGCCCCAUCUGGCGGUGCUUCUACUGGUGUUGCUAGCAGCAGUGAGGUUCCAGAGGCCGCUGAGAGCAGCACCAUGGCUGCCCCUCCUGCUGGUGGCGAGAGUUCUGCUGCUCCAUCUGUCCCUGCCUCCUCUGCCCCUGCUCAGGGCACAUCCAGCGCAUACGGUCCUGGCUACCCUGGAGAGACUCCCGCUGUUCCUACCCAGGGUGCUAGCACUACCGUCCCUGCCGGUGAAACUCCUGCGAUUUCCACUGUCGUUUCCUCCGCAACCACGACUCAAGUCGUUGGCACCACCACUCCUGCUCCUGAGACCCCUGCUGCCGAGACUCCUUGCACCACCAUCACCUUCGGUACCACUACCCUAACCGUUCCGCAAGUUCACUUCACUACCCAGACCAACUCUGCUGGCGCCAACCCAACUGAGCCUGUUGCCCUUGUGCCCGGCACUGCUGAGCCUGCUCAGACCCCAGCUGCCACUACCCCCGCUGCCGGUGGCGCUCCUUACCCCAUUCCCUCCACCAUGGGUACUGCUACUGUCCCUAUGGGCACUGCUACCGGUACUGGAGCUGUCCGCCCUUCUUCGCCAGCUGAGUUCACUGGCGCUGCCUCGCCAUUCACCAUGGUGCCCAAGGGUGCUCUGUUCGGUGCUGCUCUUGCUUUCUUCGCCCUUUAG